UCUUUGUGUAUUAUUAUAUUGCAAGUUGUUUAACAAUUGCUAACGUGACUGGCUAGGUAUAAAUGUCUGAUUCUGCCACCAAUGAGUGUGAUUUUCCGGAUAAUAAAGAUAAUAUAAAAGAUGAAAUGGGCCAGGCCAAGUCUAAGUUAAAAAAAGUGUCCAAGUCUAAAAAGAAUGAACCACAAACUGAAGAUAAAACAGAUGAAGUUGGUUUCAUGUGUGGAGUGGUGGAAGGUUUUUAUGGAAGGCCAUGGACAGCUGAACAACGCAAAGAAUUAUUUCGAAGAAUGGAAGUGAUGGGUUUGAAUACUUAUCUAUACGCUCCUAAGGAUGAUUACAAACAUCGGUUGUUCUGGAGGGAGAAGUAUUCAGAUGAUGAAGCAGCUUUACUGCAAGCACUAAUAGAGGAAGCAGACACCCACAAUGUUUUGUUCGUAUAUGCCAUAUCUCCUGGACUUGAUAUGGUGUUUGCUUCACCAACUGAAAUUGCUGCCUUGAAAAACAAACUUUUACAGGUUAAAAGCUUAGGAUGUAAAGCAUUUGCGUUGUUGUUCGAUGAUAUUGACCCAGUGCUGUGUGCGUCUGACCUUGAGGAGUUUCAAUCAUCAGCCGAUGCACAAGCUUCAAUAACAAACCUCAUGUUUGAAACAUUACAACAACCUAGGUUCAUAUUCUGCCCAACAGAGUAUUGCGCCAGCAUGGCAAUCCCUGAUGUUUCUACAUCAAUUUAUUUGAAAACUCUUGGAAGUAAAUUGGAUCCUAAUAUAUCAGUUAUGUGGACAGGUCCUAAGGUUGUCUCUCAUGUAAUAAACGUGGAUUCUAUAAAGACAUUAUCAAAAGUACUUCAGAGAAAAGUUGUGAUAUGGGAUAACAUACACGCUAAUGAUUAUGAUCCAAAGCGUGUCUUCCUUGGGCCUUUUAAAGGUCGUUCCACACACCUUAUACAACACAUAGCUGGAGUUAUGACCAAUCCUAACUGUGAGUUUGAAGCCAACUAUGUUGCCAUGCAUACGCUUGCAACCUGGUGGAAAUCGUUCAAACCAGAAAGAGUGGAAGAAUCUGCUGCAGUUACUUCAGCCAAUGAGAGCACCAGUAAACCUGUGACAUCAUCACCAACCAAUCAAUCAAAACCUUUGGAUGAUGAGAGCAUUAGCAGUGGAAGAGCCUCGGACUCAGAUAGCGAUACCGACAGUGAUUAUUCAUCCCAUGAUGGCAGGUUCUUCCCAUCAAUACAGAACUUCAACCAUGGUGAUUAUGACCCGGAUAAAGCAUUAUAUGAGGCUUUAAUAGCUUGGUUGCCAGUGUUCUCUCUUGCAAAGUAUCCAACUUGUAAAGUAGUGCCAAGAAGUGGAACGCCCCCAGCCAUGCCUAUGGUCCCAAAUCUACCAAUCGUCUCACAUUCCCCAAUCGCUACGGUUUGCACAACGAAAAACGUCACAAAGCCAGUUGUAAGUGUUGUUUGUAAAGAUGACUCCAGUCAGGACACUUCUACAUCCGAAACCCCUGAAAGAGGUUCAGAAAGUUCAUUAGAGACACAGAAAAGUGACAUGUCCACUGCCCCAUAUGUGUCUGUCACAAUACCAAGUGAUAAAACCAACACCGACGUAUUGACUGUGGCAGAAGACCAUGCCUCUCAUGUUGACAAUGCAGAAGGUGAUAAAUUGACAACAAAUAAGGCUGAUUGUGAUGUACAAAUGGAAGAGAAUGAUGGGAAAUUGGAAGAAAUGCAAACAGAAGGAGAAGGGAACAAGAAUAAACUGGACCAGAUGGAAACGGAGGAGGUUACUGUUACUGAAGCAAAUGUUCCGAUGCAAACGGAUGAUGCUGACAGUGAUGUUUCCAUGGCAACAGCAAAUAGCAGCGCAGCAACUGAUGUCGAAGAAAUGCAGAGUUCGUCACCAGGUGGUGCAGAAGAGAAAGCAACAAAAAAUGAUGAUUCAGCAGAAAAAGUGGAAAAAAGUUCUGGCUCAUCAGAUUCAAAAGAAAGGGAAGUGACUCAGCAAAAUGAACUUUCAAAAGACAAUCCAUUAUCAGUGGAGGAUAUAACAAUGCUUGCUGAAUGUUUCUAUCUACCGUAUGAACAUGGUGUGUUUGGAAGGCAGAUGGUGCAAAGGUUUAGAUGGCUAAAAGACAAAGCUGUUAAAAUGUCACAGUGGAAAAAUAAAAAGUCGGAAGAUUAUUUAGACAAGGCAUUAGAAUGGUCCGAAAAAGCAAUGAUAUUUGAAGAGCAAUGUCGGCGUGUACAAGGAGUGUUCAAUAAAAUAUGCAUGUGCCCCAACAGAGCUCUACUGUAUGAUCUAUUUCCUUAUCUGUGGGAUUUAAAAGGGGUGGUCACCAUGUUGAGAUCAUAUGUUAAAUGGUUGGGCCAUAUUGAGAUUAAACCUGGUUUAAUGCGUGACGAUGACAAAAGUGAAUCAACUAAUCAACCAACAACAUUAUCUAAAGGUUUAUAUCAGUGUACUUUCCCACUAGGUCCCACAUCUACAUUUGGCUGGGUGGGACCUGACCCCGAACCAUGGGUUUUCAGGGGUGGAUUAUCUGGAGAAUUCCAGAGACUUCUUCCUAUCAGUUCUGCGUUUGAUUUAUUCUGCCAAACCUUGCCCCGCAGUCCCCAAGUAAGCACAUACAUCGUGCGUCCGUAUGUCCCCACAGACGAGGAAUCUGUGUUUAGUGUUUGUUAUUCUACAUGGGAUGAUGGGAAAAGAGAUAUGGAAAUGUUUGAGAACCAUAAACAGUUGCCAGCUGAUAGGUUAACUGGAGCUUUGCUUACCUUGUCUCCUGAGUAUUGCUUUGUUGUUGAAGAUGAAUCUGGUAUUUGUGGAUACCUUGCAGCUACUUUAAAUGCAAAGGACUUUUGGAAGAAAUAUGAACUCGCUUAUCUUCCAGAGAUGCGAGAAAAAUAUGCCAAACCUGAAUCGGAAGAUGAAAUGAAUGAUGCAGAGAAAAUGAUAGUGGAUUUGCACAGCACAGAUGACAGAUACGGCUAUGGAUCUGACAGUCUUGCAGUCACCCACCCAGCCAUGAUGACAUUGGCUCUAACACAAUGUGCUUAUCCAAAUGUUGCCAAGAGCAUGACAGUAUGUCUUCUAUCCGCACUCAAAUCUCACAAUUCAAGUGGAGUCCAUGUUAUUAUUGAUUCCAACUCCAAAUAUUUUCAAGAUUUAUAUACAAAGUUGGGAUUUACGGAGAUAACAGACAGUCCCAGUUCUGCAACUGAUGGGGUUACUAUAUAUGGAAGGAUAUUUUAGCAUUUUGAAACAAUUUUCUAUGUUAAUUAAUACCUGAUUAAAUUGAAGCCAUUUUUUAUUCGAUGGCUUUGCGAUUUUUUUAAAUGUCUUUAGUUUUAAGUGUUACUUAAAAUGUUGGGCCCAGGGUUGUUACUGUGAUGUGCAAUUUGUAUUUCUUAAGACCUUUAUAUCAUUCAGUUGAGUUUUAAGGGGUAUAGAGUGGUAUCAGCCAAGGGUGUACAACAUAAUAAUGUGUAUUUUACAAAUUUGUGUUCAAUUGAUAUACUUUUAACAUGGCACUAUGGUUUAACUUUAGCAAUAAUUGAUGUUAGAAAUGUAACCUGGUGCUCUGUUUGAUGCAUAUCAUUGUAACACUGUUUGGUGUUUAUUUGAAAGACAAAGUAAAAGUUGGCACUACAUAAAUGAAAAAUGACAUUGUUUAUAAAAUUACCUUGACAGUAAACUAAUGUUUUUUUCUUCUGUUGGCACAAUUUUAACCUAGUGAUUUAUGUUAUGAAUAUAAUUGCAGUUUACACACAAACUUUUCAAUUUAUAAAAUGAGUAAAGUUAAACCUAUGAUUUGCUAUUUUAUGUUUUUGACAUUUUUUUCUACAUACCUUUAAUCCAAUGUCUUGUAUUAGUAUGUUAAUCUACAUUUUGAUUCUUUGUAUGAACCCUUGUACUACAUACAUGGCCUAAACAAACUUUUUUGGGUACUCUAAGCAGUAAUAAACUUAUCUAUGUUUUUCUUGUUUUAAACUGUUUUUUUUUGCUGCUAUUGCACAAAAUUCUAAAGAAAGCUGGUAGUUAUAUUUUCUAAUCAUUUAAUACAAGUGCUUUUUAUUGUAAAUUUUUCAUCAUUGUGUAAGUUUAAACGCAACACUGUCGAGAAUAUAUGGUUCCAUACGAAAAUAAACUUUCAAAGCAAUGAAAACUUAGAAAAUA